ACUUGACCCGUGGACAUUUUAAGGUUGACAAAUCGAGAUGGUUCACGAUGAGUUGAGGGUCCGUCUGAGGGACGGCGGAUAUGUGAACUGGGUGAAAGCCGGUCAUUGCCUCCGCCUACUGAAGGAUGGCCUGCAUCCUUACACCGAUGUGGAGAUGAGGUCUUUUCACAGAGACGUGGUCAAUCACAACAGGCGUCUGCGACAACCGUGUCAACGCUUUUGCUCUUCGAAAGGGGACAGACUGACUUCGUUAUGUCCUAUCUGCUCUGAGUGGAGCAGAGUGAUAUUAAGACACCACAGACAGCCUGAUGCUACUGUGAACUGGGGAAACUGCAUCCCCCCUUCCUGGAGUCACAACCACUGGGAACUCGCUAAGGCCUAUAUGCCUCGGGGUCUGAUGAAGGUGAAGGGCUUUGCUCAGUGCGAUGCUUCAGCCCUACUCAACCUGAUGAACUACUGUGAUCACUUUAACGCCACAGAUCCCAGGCUGGUUAGAGAGGUGAUCCGGUGUAGGAAUGAGUUGAUGCAUUCUUGUGAUUUGCAUGUGGACAACGAGUGGAUGAGACGUUACCAGAACAGCCUGAAGAACCUGCUGCAGCAGCUGUGCCAUGUGUCGGAGCUGGCAACAGCUGCCCAAGAAAUAACCGAGAUGCUGACAGCUGAUUGGUCAAUAUGUAUCUCUGGGUUGGACCGCGUCGACGCAACCCCCCUGGACGGAUUUGAAUCAGACUCUGUCAGAGAUUGGGAGGCCAGUGCCAACUCAAUCAGCCAAUGGGAAGUUGAGUUGCUAAGAGAGAAGCUGGAUGAGCUGCUGGAUGAUACAGAGACACGGGACACAGAGCAGUUACUGAGGCUGAGUGCUUUCCUGCAGGCCAACAGAGACCUGGGGGAGCUGUUCUCUACAGAGCUUCAAGCCAUCAGCUCAGCGGAGACCAGACUAUGAGGAGAAGCGGAAGAAAGGGUUGA